CCGGGCGCCAUGUUAGAAGGCCGGAGGGGAAGAGGAAAGUGAAGCGGCGGCGGCCGGGCCCGACGAAGGGCUUUCUCUUCCCUCCGAGCCCUCACCCCCGCCCCGGCCCCUACCAUGGUCACGGCUCCCGCUUCCCGGCGGGGCGAGUGACCGGUCCGGAGGCGGCAGCGGUGGGGGAGGACGAAGAACAAGAGGAGGAGGGAGAAGGGGAAGACGCGGCGGCGACGGUGGUGGUGGUGGCGGCGGCGGAGGAGGAGGAGGAGCCGGAGAGACGAUGCCGUUUCCUGUUACAACCCAGGGAUCACAAACACAGCAACUGCAGAAGCAUUAUGGCAUUACCUCACCUAUCAGUUUAGCUGCCCCCAAGGAGAUUGACUGCAUGCUUACCCAGAAAUUGAUUGAAACCCUUAAACCCUAUGGUGUAUUUGAAGAGGAAGAAGAACUGCAACGCAGGAUUUUAAUUUUGGGAAAACUGAACAACCUGGUAAAGGAAUGGAUACGGGAAAUCAGUGAAAGCAAGAAUCUUCCACAGUCUGUAAUAGAAAAUGUUGGAGGAAAAAUUUUUACAUUUGGAUCCUAUAGAUUAGGGGUCCAUACAAAAGGUGCUGAUAUUGAUGCCCUGUGUGUUGCACCAAGACAUGUUGAAAGAAGUGAUUUUUUCACAUCAUUUUAUGAAAAACUGAAACAGCAAGAAGAAGUAAAAGAUUUGAGGGCUGUUGAAGAAGCUUUUGUCCCAGUUAUUAAACUAUGUUUUGAUGGAAUAGAGAUUGAUAUUUUGUUUGCAAGAUUAGCGCUGCAAACUAUUCCUGAGGACUUAGACCUCCGAGAUGAUAGCCUACUUAAAAAUUUAGACAUUAGAUGCAUACGAAGUCUUAAUGGUUGCCGGGUAACCGAUGAAAUUCUGCAUCUAGUACCAAACAUUGACAACUUCAGGUUAACACUGAGAGCUAUCAAACUGUGGGCAAAACGCCACAACAUCUAUUCCAAUAUACUAGGUUUCCUUGGCGGUGUUUCCUGGGCUAUGCUAGUAGCAAGAACUUGCCAGCUUUAUCCAAAUGCAAUAGCAUCAACUCUUGUACAUAAAUUUUUCUUGGUGUUUUCUAAAUGGGAAUGGCCAAAUCCAGUGCUAUUGAAACAGCCAGAAGAAUGCAAUCUUAAUUUGCCUGUAUGGGACCCAAGGGUAAACCCCAGUGAUAGGUACCAUCUUAUGCCUAUAAUUACACCAGCAUACCCACAGCAGAACUCUACCUACAAUGUGUCCGUUUCCACACGGAUGGUCAUGGUUGAGGAAUUUAAACAAGGUCUUGCUAUCACAGAUGAAAUUUUGCUGAGUAAGGCAGAGUGGUCCAAACUUUUUGAAGCUCCAAACUUCUUUCAAAAGUACAAGCAUUAUAUUGUGCUUCUAGCAAGUGCACCGACAGAAAAACAACGACUAGAAUGGGUGGGUUUGGUGGAAUCAAAAAUCCGUAUUCUAGUUGGAAACCUGGAGAAAAACGAGUUCAUUACACUGGCUCAUGUGAAUCCACAGUCAUUCCCAGCACCCAAGGAGAAUCCUGACAAGGAAGAAUACCGUACAAUGUGGGUGAUUGGGUUGGUGUUCAAGAAAACUGAAAAUUCUGAAAAUUUAAGUGUGGAUCUUACUUAUGACAUCCAGUCUUUUACAGAUACAGUUUAUAGGCAAGCAAUAAACAGCAAGAUGUUUGAGAUGGAUAUGAAGAUUGCUGCAAGGCAUGUGAAACGUAAGCAACUUCACCAACUGCUACCUAAUCAUGUACUUCAGAAAAAGAAAAAGCAUUCAACAGAAGGAGUCAGACUGACAGCUCUGAAUGACAGCAGCCUAGACUUGUCUAUGGACAGUGAUAACAGCACGUCUGUGCCUUCGCCUACUAGUGCUAUGAAGACGAGUCCAUUGAACAGUUCUGGAAGUUCUCAGGGCAGAAGCAGUCCUGCGCCAGCUGUAACAGCAGCAUCUGUGACCAACAUACAGGCUUCUGAAGUCACUGUGCCACAAACAAAUUCCAGUGAAAGCUCAGGGGGUUCUUCAAAUGAAAGCAUUCCUCAAACUGCCACACAACCAGCCAUUUCUCCACCACCAAAGCCUACCAUCUCUAGAAUUGCUUCCUCAACACAUCUAUUAAAUCCAUCACCCAGAAUUUCAGGAAAUGUUGCAACAAAAACGCCUAGCCCUGUCACAGCAGUGAAAAGGACAUCUUCUCCCCAUAAAGAAGAUUCUCCCAAGAAAAUGAAAAUUGAAGAGCAGGAUGAAAUAAGUGAAGCUACUAGCUGUGUAGAUGUGAAUGAGCAUGAGAGAAUGGAAACAAAGGAGCUAUUGGAUACGGAAGUGAGUGUUAAUUCCCAAAUGGAACAUCUUCAGACAACUUUGCAAGCUCCUCAGAUGGUCAUUGAUCUUAUUGAAUAUGCAUUGUAGCUAAACAUGUAUGGCUUGCCAUACAAACUGACCGAAGCUGGAUUCGCUCUUCUGAAUUGUGCCUUCAAAGUAAGGGGCUCAGUUUAUUCCUUUGUGCUUUGCACAUCACAGAAUAAUCCUUUCUAACAAGGAAAAAAAUGCUUUAAAUAGCUGCUGCUCGAAGAUGUCCUGGUAGAGUUUGAAAAUGUGAGAAAGUUGGCUUCAGAUUCUGGUGUUUGGUGUGAGAGGGGAGAGAGAAGUUCUGUUCUGAUAGUUUAUUAGCCAACUAUCUCACUUCACUGCUGGUGAAGGAACGUAAGUAGCAUUCUGUGAUAGUCUCUUAAGCUUUCUUUCCUAGUAUUAUAAUCACUUCUGGAGAACAUCUUUACUGGCAUUUUUAAGCCUUACUUGUUGCUCUACUGAUUAAAAGCUCACAAUUGCAAAUUGUUUUAUGCUCGCUCUGCUCUUUAGAUGAUGUAUAGUAAAUGUAUUGAUUGAAAAUGGGGAUGUAUUGCAAUAGUAGUAUUUGUUAACAGGCUUUUUGAACUACAUGAGCAGACCACGUGAGCAAUAUCUAAUAAAGGUACCAAAAUUAGCAGAAAUUGUAGAUGUUAUGUGGGCACUUCAAACUACUUCAAGGAAAUUAGUUUCUUUAAAGAUCACGUAUGCCAAAUUUAUUUCAUUUAUUAAGAGAUUUUUACUAAAGUGUUCUAGUUUUUACAAAUACAGUAGUUGUUACUGUAGCAAAGGUAAUCUGGAAACUAUAAAAUUAUGUUGGGCUUCUUCUGUCACUUUUUCAAUAUUUUCAUUGGCUUCUAGAACAUUGCUUGUGUUACAGGACAUGAAAACAAUGCAGGUCAGCAUGAACCAGGCAGUGGGCUACUGGGUGCAGGUUGGUGGGGAAGGAGGGUUAUCAAAGCUAUUUUGCUGUGAAUCUUUUUUGUGUUGUGUUUUGCCAUCAUCAGUCAGCGUACUCUGCUGAUUCAUUUUAAUGAAGCAACUGUUGAGAGUAGUCAUUUUAAUGCAGUUUUUCCCAUAUGUGAAAUGUUCUUUAUACUAAUUUUGAAUGUUUGUAACAUAAGAAAACAUUUUCUGUUAAAUUGUGUGAAGUAAUAAAUAAUAACUGAAUUAUUGUGAUGUCAAAUAAUAUGCAAAACUGGAAGGCAAAUGAAGGGGUAGCAGCUUAAAAAUAAAGGCCUCUAAGGCAUGUAAGAAAUUAAUUUAUUGUAUUGAAUAUUGAGUGUUUUCUUGGUUUUAGAAAUAACCUAGGCAAACAAGAUUUAAUUAUUAUUAAGGGAGACAAAAGUAUUCAGGGUAUUUUUAAUGUGGAAUUCUUUUCCUGGUCAUAUAGCAGUGUUUUAUCAUACUAUCUCCAUGUUAAUCUAUUUUAAUUCGUUCUGGAAAUUCGAUCAAAAUGUAUUCUUAAAAAAUCUGAAGUAUAAAUGUAGAAGGACACAAAUUGCAUAGGGGUCAGCCAUCUCAUCUUCAAUCCGUAAGAGUGUUACUGAGUUACUGAGUUAUUCAUAGCAAUCUUGAAAUAUUAAACGUCUUCAUCUGAUAGCAGAUGUCAACCUUAUUAGGUGGAUAUUAUAUCUUUAUUAUGGUACAGACUCUUAGUAGGCUCAGCUUUCUCUGCAGCACCUCCUAGUUUCUUGCAGCGUGGAAAAAGGAGAUGCAGACUUUGAAAGAGAUAGCUGCACUUUUUUGUUGUUAAAAAUGGCUAUGUAGGCAAAAGGAAUAUCUGCUUCUGUCUUUAUAGUUUGUAAUUAUCCUUAUCUUGGUAUGUUUUAAACUACUCAAGAUUUGAUUUGUUGUUGAACACUGGUGCCAAUUUCUACAGUAUUCCUGUAAUU